CGUGCUAACUUAGAUCGAUCCGAUAAUCCACGAACAGUUCGAGUGGGAAGCACAGAAAGGAUUCCUUCUCAAGCUAUUUUCUUUUAUCUUUCCCUUUCAUCAAACAAAGGAGAGAAAAUAAUUAUAUAGCAAAACAAAAGGGGAAGAAAAUCCCAUUUGCCCCACCAAACCCCCCAAAAAAAUUUAUAUUUUCGGGAACAAAAAUUUUCUUUUCAGUUCCUAAUUCUUGGAGCUGAUUUCGUUUCUCUUCGAUUCCGAAAUUGCAAAUUUUUCAAUAAUUAAAAAAUAAAGAUUAAAUGCUUGUGGAAUUCUAGGGUUUGUGAGAGAGAGACUUUGGGAACAAUGAACUCUGUAACCAACGACAUCAACACCACCACCACAACCAACAGCAAGAGUGGCCAAGAUCUCGGUCUCUACUUCUUGGAGCGGUCUCGUCUCGGCUCGGCUCAGGGUCCGUGCGACAUGGACGAGGAUGAGGAAGCUCCAACCGAGCUCAACACCAUAAACAGCUCCGGUGGGUUCUUGGUGGUUUCCCCCGAUAAGCUCUCGGUGAAGUAUACAAACGUCAACCUUCAUGGCCACGAUGUCGGCGUUGUUCAGGCCAAUAAGCAGGCUCCGGUCAAGCGGCUCGUAUAUUACUUCGAGAUUUUUGUCAAGGACGCUGGCACUAAGGGGCAGAUUGCCAUUGGUUUCACCAGCGAGAGCUUCAAGAUGCGGAGGCAGCCCGGAUGGGAAGCAAACAGUUGUGGCUAUCAUGGGGAUGAUGGACUACUUUAUCGUGGACAGGGAAAGGGGGAACCUUUUGGCCCAACUUACACAUCUGGUGAUAUAGUUGGUGGUGGUAUUAACUACGCUACACAGGAAUUCUUUUUCACUAAAAAUGGGGCAGUAGUAGGAAAAGUGAACAAGGACAUGAAGGGACCCUUAUUUCCUACAAUUGCCGUUCACAGCCAAAAUGAAGAGGUGCUUGUCAACUUUGGACAAAAGCCUUUUGCUUUUGAUCUCAAGGAUUUUGAAGCACAAGAGAGGAUGAAGCAGCAAAUGACAAUUGAAAAAAUUUCUCUACCAACAAAUGUCAGUCAUGGGAUUGUUCGCUCCUACUUGCUACAUUAUGGAUACGAAGACACACUCAAUUCAUUUGACAUGGCUAGUAAAAGCACUGUUCCUCCUAUAUAUAUAGCUCAAGAAAAUGGUUCCUGUGAACAGGAGGAUAUCAUGUAUGCACUGAGCCAGAGAAAGACUCUUCGACAGCUAAUAAGGAAUGGGGAGAUUGAUGCUGCACUUAGCAAACUUGGUGAUUGGUAUCCCCAGAUUGUUCAGGAUGAUAAAUCAGCUACUUGCUUUCUUCUUCACUGUCAAAAGUUUAUUGAAUUGGUUCGGGCUGGAGCACUAGAGGAAGCUGUGAAAUAUGGAAGGAUGCAAUUGGCAAAGUUCUUCGAGCUGCCUGAGUUUGAGGAUCUAGUUAAGGAUUGUGUUGCUUUGCUGGCAUAUCAACAACCACAGGAGUCUUUAGUAGGAUAUCUUCUUGAAGAGUCGCAGCGUGAAGUUGUAGCAGAUAUGGUUAAUGCAAUGAUCCUGUCAACGAAUCCCAACCUGAAAGAUUCAAACAGUUGCUUGCACUCGUAUCUUGAAAGGCUACUCAGGCAGCUGACUGCUUGCUGUUUGGAGAGAAGAUCUUUGAACGACGACCAAGGUGAAGCUUUCCAUCUUAAAAGAGUACUCAACAGUGGUAAGAAGGCAAAGUGCUAGCUUUGAUUAAUUAACCGCACUUCCUCAUCUUCCCCUGUUCAUAUGCAGAGUUGCCCAUUUCUUAAACUGCAAUGCAGAGCGAUCAUGUUGGAUUUAGUGUCCAGUAUACUGUACAGAGGCCCCUUUUAUGUUUUACCUGACCCACUAAUAAUUUUUCUUUCCAUAAUGGGUUGCUGUUGUUCCUCUUGAUGUGUCUGUAAGCCUCUUGUAACUUAUAACAUUUUAAGCCUGGGGGAUCCAAAAAGUUUUAGCUGGACAGAGAUCUGGGAAAUGUAGCUAAUUGUUACAAAAGUAUGCGUACAAAUUUGUUAGGUUGUGUUGCUGCUGCAUUUGACGAAUCUGUAGCUUAUCUUGCAUUUGGAGUACAGUGAAAACACUUGGAACGAAGUGAGAAGUUGCAAAAUAUUUAUGAUGUAUGGUCAUGUUAUUAAUGUUUUUCUCUUUGUA